GGAAAGGUGUAUCAGCUUAAGUUGCUGGAUGGUAUAAGGUCUGUUACAGGAUUGAAACUUGAUGCUAAUAAGCUGAGACCAUUCAUGAAAUAUAUGGGUUUUAAACUUGAGGAAAAGGAAUAUGAAGACCUGAUGAACAGUCUGCCUAUUGAUGAUAAGGGGAAUUUUAAUGUGGAUGCAGUAAUGGACAAAAGGGAUCUUUUUACUGGUGAAAAAAAUGACAUUAGUAAUCUGGAAGAUUAUCUGAAACAUGUGGGGAUAACAUUCCCAGAAGAUAAAAGCAUGAAGCUACUGAAAAAUCUGCCAACUGAUGGCAAAGGAAGGGUAUAUAAGAACAGAUUGAUAAAAGAAUUAGAGAAUCUUGAAGGGACAAAGAUAUCUUCAGAUAAGGUAAAAACUUUCAUUAAAAAUGCAGGAAUUAAUCUCAAGAAGAAAGAAAUCCUGACACUGAAGGAGCAUCUACCAGUUGAUGAUAAAGGGAAGACUGAUUUGAAUGUGUUGAUGAAUGAAGUUAAAAAGAUUACAGGAAAGAAGAUUCAUACUGGGGACCUGAAAAAUGUUCUGAAAAAAAUGGGAAUAGAAAUCACAAAUAAUGAAUACAAAAAGCUGCUGAAAACUCUGCCCAUGUAUGCUAAUAAAAAGAUUUUUGAGAAAGAAUUAAUGGAAGGUGUGAAAUCUUUCAGAGGAGGGAAGGUUGGUGUCUGUGACCUAAGAAAUGUUCUACAAAACACGGGGUUUUCUCUUGAACCCAAAGAAAUUAAGGACCUGCAAGCUCACAUACCAGUUACUGAAGAUGAAAAGGUUGAGUUAGAUGUGUUGAUGGAUGCAGCAAAACAUUUUAUGGGAAAAAAGGUUGAAACUAGUGACCUAAAAAAUGUGCUGGGAAGCAUGGGAAUCUGGAUCACUGAAAAAGAACAGUUGAAACUGUUAAAAACUCUGCCCAUCUCUACAGAUGGCACAGUGUAUAUUAAAAGAUUACUGGCUGGUUUGAAGCCUCUCAAAGGAAAAAGAGUCCACGUCAGUAAGCUGGAAACACUUCUGGGGAAUUUGGAACUCGAGCUUGUGGAAGAGGAAUAUGAGGGCCUACUAAACGAUCUGCCAAUUGAUGAGAACGAAAGUGUUGGUUUAAAUGUGGUGAUGGAUGCAGCAAAAACUUUUACAGGAGAGAAGGCUGAUGUCAGUGAUCUGGGCAAAGUGCUGAGGAAAAUGGGUCUGAUACUCACCAAUGAGGAGCGAAAGAAGCUGCUGGAAACUCUGCCCACUAACAGUGGUGGAAAGAUAUAUAAGAAUAGAUUGCUAAAAGGUGUGAAAGCCCUUACUGGGCCACGAGUCAAAAUCAAAAAAGUGGAAUCUCUUUUGGAAAAUAUGGGAAUUAAAAUCAAAGACAAAGAACUUCGGGAACUAAUGACUGAACUAUCAACUGAUGAUAAUGGAACAGUUGAUCUGAAUGAUCUGAUGGAUACAGUCAGUUAUGUCAAGGGAGAGGUGAUUGAUGUCGAGAACUUAAACAACCUUUUAGCAAGUGAGGGGAUUGAGCUCACCAAAGGAGAAAUGAAGGAUCUGAUGCCUCUCUUGACAUUUAAUGGAAAUGGGAAGGUUACCAUGAAUUCAAUAAUGGAGGGCCUGAAGAAGUUUAGACACGGAGUCACUGGCCAAAUGGCAGUUUCAGAAGUUAAUCCAAAACUUAAGCUGAAUCCUUUAAAAGUACCUGGGUUCCACAGCAAGAGGGAUAAUAAUUUACCAGAACAUCUUCAACACAAAGAAAAGUUGAGCCCUUCACAAAUAGAAGCCUUCCAUCAUGCCUACGACUUCUUCAGCAAGGAUAAAACUGGCUGUAUUGAUUUACAUGGAAUGAUGUGCACUUUAGCUAAAUUGGGAAUGAAUGUAACCAAGCAUGAUAUCUAUAAUGAAUUAAAAUGUGCUGAUAUUGAUCGAGACGGGAAGGUGAACUUCUCUGACUUCAUAAAGGUGCUAACAGAUAAGAACCGCUUCCUCAAAGCUGUAGUUCCAGAAAAGGAAACCUAUUUAGAUUUAACUGACAACCCGGGGAUCCUAUUAUUUGAAAUCCUAUCAAAGCUUGUAGAGACUUCAGCCCUACCCAGAAAGGCUAUAAUGGAAAUAGUACGCUAUUUCCGAAGAAAAUUCCAGGAGGCCAGUGGAGAAAUAUUGUGGAAUCCCCAUUCUAGGGAAUAUGGAAAAAGGAGAUUUAUGCCAGAUAUAUGCACACCUCCAAGCUCAAGCACCACUGCCUUUGCUAAUGCUGCUCGGGUUGCAAUAAUGAAAGAAAAGGAUUUAUUUAAAUUUCUUGAAGAGCUCAAAAGAUGCAAUUUCCAUUCAGAUAGCCCAUAUUCAAAAAUACCCAUCUUUCCAUUGUUUCCUAAUGUGGAUGGGGUGGUGAUGGGAAAGCCAUUCAGAGACACACAAAAAUUAGAAAUGCUAAGGAGAAAGGAGCCUCUGAAUUUCUUUGAGGACUAUUUUUUCCAUAAAAGAGACUGGAAAACACAGGCAGCAAACAUAAAGCCUGUGAACAUUUCUUCAAACUAUUCAGAUGACAUCCUUGCCAUCAAUCAAAUACUCAAGAAAAAGCACAGAUGGACAGUGGCUGAUGCAGCUGCUAUUAAACAGCACGUAAAGAGAGCUACAGAAAACUAUAAUUUAGGAGUUGCCCUUGCACAUCGGAAAGAAAUGUUAAAUCUCUGGCAGAAGAUACGAGGGGAUCUGAUUGGAAUAGACACUAACAAUGAGUCCUUUUAUGACACCUUUUCUACUUAUACAUGGUCCUGGAAUGUUUGCCAAGAACUACUUUCUCCUAAGGACUUACGGUUAUAUGAUGCCUACACCAAUAAAAAUUUCCCAUUUAACUCCGGAUUCUCUUCCGGAUCAGAUGUCAGUGAAUGUGACAGAGAGACAGGAAGAAAAAGAAAACGGAAAGGUUUUAGAGUGUUUCAACAAUGAAAUUUCUACAUUUCCUAAACAACUCAUCAAAAACUACUUUUUCAGUUAUCAAAAUUAUGAUUUCUUGCUUUUGUCUAGUACAUUCCUAGCAGCUGGAAAUUUUGCCAUCUUUUGGAUUCUGACCAGUAAAAAUCUUUAAGUCAUAAAA